CUCCAGCUGCCACCACUUUCCCCAGGCCCUGGGUCUCUCCAGCGACACCAUGUCACUCUCAGUGCGCACCUCUGGGCUGUCCAGGCGGCUGUCCUCUCAGAGUGGGAUGUCGGGCAGACCCAGAGGCAUAUCUGCUUCCAGCAUUGCUAGUGGCUAUGGGGGAAGCGCCUAUGGCCUUGGAAUGGGCUACGGAGGAGGCUUCUCGGCUGCUUCUAUGUUUGGUUCUAGUUCUGUCCUUGGUGGUGGUUCUGGAAGUUCCUUGGCAGGAGGACUGGGCGCUGGCUAUGGAGGAUCCCUGGGAGGUGGCUUUGGAGGAGGGAUGGGGAUGGGGAUGGGGGGAAACCUAGGAGGUGGCUCUCUGGUUGUCCUCUCUGGCAAUGAUGGAGGCCUUCUUUCUGGAUCAGAGAAAGAAACCAUGAAAAAUCUGAAUGACAGAUUAGCCUCCUACCUGGAUAAGGUUCGAGCUCUGGAGGACGCUAAUGCUGAUCUAGAAAACAAAAUUCGAGAUUGGUAUGAAACACGAGGGACUAGGACUGUAGACUCAGGGUCACAGAAUGAUUACAGUAAAUACUACCCAGUGAUUGAAGAUCUCAGGAAUAAGAUCAUUUCUGCCAACAUUGGCAACGCCCAGCUCAUCUUGCAGAUUGACAAUGCCAGACUGGCUGCCGAGGACUUCAGAAUGAAGUAUGAGAAUGAGCUGGCUCUACGCCAGACUGUGGAGGCUGACAUCAAUGGCCUGCGCAAGGUGCUGGACGAUCUGACCCUGGCCAGGACUGACCUGGAGAUGCAGAUUGAGAACCUGACAGAAGAGCUGGCCUACCUGAAGAAAAACCAUGAGGAGGAGCUCCUAAGUUGCCGGGCAGGUGGCCCAGGAGAGGUCAGCGUAGAAAUGGACGCUGCACCAGGAGUGGACCUCACCAGGCUCCUCAACGACAUGAGGACACAGUAUGAAUCCAUGGCUGAGCAAAAUCGGAAGGACGCAGAAGCCUGGUUCCUUGAAAAGAGCGGGGAGCUCAGGAAGGAGAUCAGCACCAACACAGAGCAGCUUCAGUCCAGCAAGAGCGAGGUCACCGACCUGAGGCGCGCCAUGCAAAACCUGGAGAUCGAGCUCCAGUCGCAGCUCGCCAUGAAAAAAUCCCUGGAGGACUCUUUGGCUGAAACCGAGGGUGGCUUCUGCUAUCAGCUGUCCCAGGUGCAGCAGCUCAUCGGCAACCUGGAAGCCCAGCUGCAGCAGGUGCGCGCAGAUGCCGAGCGCCAGAGCGUGGACCACCAGCGCCUGCUGGACGCCAAGGCCCGCCUGGAGCUGGAGAUCGAAACCUACCGCCGACUGCUGGACGGGGAGGACCAAGGUGAUGGUUUUGAUGAAAAUUUAUCUGUGACAGGCUCCAAAUCUCAAGCACAGUCGAUUGAUUCAUCAAAAGACCCAAACAAAACCCGAAAAAUCAAGACCAUCGUGCAGGAGGUGGUGAAUGGUGAGGUGGUCUCAUCCCAAGUUCAAGAACUUGAAGAAGUAAUGUAA